GCGGGCUCUGACAGAGAACAAGAAACAUGACAACCUGUGUAAAUACAUAGGUUACAAACUUGCUUACGAUUGAGAUCUUGUUAAUAUUUUUAUUCAGUUAUUAAUGUUGAUCUAGUAUAUGUUGAGGAAAGUUCGCUUUAAUCGGUGUGUUUUACAACAUCUAGAUGGAAACUUUAAAAAACACAGGAGCUGCCAGGAUGAAUAAAAAUAGGAAUACAGGAGGAAACCAGGAGACCGCAACAACGGGGGAUAAUAAAUUGGCAAGAUUACUUGAGAUCAAAGAGAAUGAUAAAAUCGAUGCAGUGUAUGAUUUUCAUAGGAUUACUGAUUCAAAAGAAAGGAUAGGGUUUCUGCUUAAUAUGCAUGCGACAGAGAUAGUGAAAGAUGAUAAAAAUUUACUGAGCGGUGUAGAUUAUUAUUUCAUAGAAGAAGAUGCUACUAGAUUCAAAGUAUCCCUGCCUUAUUCUCCAUACUUCUAUGUUUUAUGUCGUAAAAAUACAUUUGAGGAAGUGUCAACGUUUUUAUCUAAGAAAUACACAAGAAUUUUGUUAAAAAUUGAAACUGUUUACAAAGAAGAUCUUGACUUGCCUAAUCACUUGAUUGGUUUGAGACAAAAAUAUCUGAAACUUUCUUUUGCUAAUAUUGUUGACUUGACUAAAGUUAAGCGUGAUAUUAUGCGUGUUGUUAAAAUUAACAAAGUGCGAGAGAAAAGUAAUACUUAUUAUACAAAUAUGCUAGCAACUACAUUACAAUCAAGUGAACAAGACAAUAACAGUAAGCAAACUUUAGAUCGCAUGGACAAUAUUCUUGAUAUUAGAGAACACGAUGUACCUCAUCAUGUUCGAGUAUCUAUAGAUGCUAACAUCUUUUGUGGAGUUUGGUAUUCUGUAAAAACCAAGGGAAGUGAACUACCUAUAAUUACACGAAGAGAAGACAUUAUUGAGUCACCUGAACCUAUUGUGUUAGCAUAUGAUAUUGAGACCACAAAAUUACCAUUAAAAUUUCCGGAUGUCAAUAUUGAUCAAAUUAUGAUGAUAUCGUACAUGAUAGAUGGACAGGGAUACUUAAUAACAAACAGAGAAUUAAUCUCAUCAGACAUACGAGAUUUUGAGUAUACACCGAAACCAGAAUUUGAAGGUCCGUUCACGAUAUUUAAUGAGUCUAACGAAAAAGCGACAAUAACGAGAUUUUUCGAUCAUAUCAACGAAAUAAGGCCGCAUAUAUUUGUAACCUACAACGGUGAUUUUUUCGAUUGGCCUUUUGUUGAAGCUAGAGCAGCUAUACAUGACAUAAAUAUGAAAGAAAGGAUUGGUUUUUCAAAAAAUCGCGAUGGUGUCUAUGUCAGUAGAGCUGCUAUGCACAUGGAUUGUUUAUGUUGGGUAAGACGCGACUCCUAUCUUCCAGUGGGUUCUCAGAAUUUAAAAGCUGUUGCUAAAGCCAAGUUGAGAUAUGAUCCGGUGGAACUCGAUCCAGAAGAUAUGUGCAGAUUAGCGUCGGAAGAACCAGAAAUACUUGCGAACUAUUCCGUCUCUGAUGCCGUGGCAACAUUUUAUCUUUAUCAGAAGUAUAUUCAUCCCUUCAUAUUCGCGUUAUGUACCAUUAUCCCUAUGGAACCGGACGAAGUACUUAGGAAAGGAUCUGGCACACUAUGCGAAUCACUUUUAAUGGUGCAGGCUUUUAGAGCUAACAUUAUAUUUCCUAAUAAACAGGAAACCGAACUGAAUAAAUUGACAAAAGAUGGUCACCUAUUGGACCAAGAAACGUAUGUGGGUGGACACGUAGAAGCUUUGGAGUCAGGUGUUUUCAGGGCUGAUAUCCCUUGCCGUUUCAAGAUCGUACCAAGUGCGGUGGACGAAUUGAUUGACGGUGUAGAAAACGCCUUAAAACAUACGAUACAAGAAGAGGAGAAGGUACCGAUUGAAAUGGUGACAAAUUUUAACGAAAUAAUGGACGAAGUUAAAGGAAAAUUAAAAGAUCUUAGAAAUCAACCUUUGAGAUUAGAAAAUCCUGUAAUUUAUCAUUUGGAUGUAGGCGCUAUGUAUCCAAAUAUCAUCUUGACUAAUAGAUUACAACCUUCUGCAAUCGUAGACGAGAUGGAUUGCGCGGUGUGCGAUUAUAACAAACCCGAUGCUCUUUGUCAAAGAAAGAUGCAAUGGAUGUGGAGAGGCGAAUAUUUGGCUGCUAGUUUGGGUGAGUAUCAAAGGAUAAAGCAACAGUUGGAGACUGAAAGAUUUCCACCUCAGUUCCCUGGCGGAUCUAAGAGAGCAUUUCAUGAGUUAACUACAAAAGAGCAGGCCACAUUUGAAAAGAACAGGCUUACCGAGUAUUGCAAAAAAGCUUAUAAAAAAGUUAAAAUUACGAGAACGGAGGAGAGGACGCAAACGAUCUGUCAGAAGGAGAAUUCCUUUUACGUAGACACCGUGAGAGCAUUUAGAGAUAGAAGAUACGAGUACAAAGCAUUAACUAAAAUCGCCAAGCGACAAGUAGCAGCGGCUUUGGCGAAAGGAGACGCUGCUGACAUAAAAUCUGCUAAGAAUAAAGAAGUCUUGUAUGACUCCCUUCAACUUGCUCACAAAUGUAUUCUCAAUUCUUUCUAUGGCUACGUUAUGAGGAAAGGAGCUAGAUGGCAUAGCAUGGAAAUGGGCGGCAUUGUGUGUUAUACAGGAGCCCACAUUAUUAUGCGAGCUAGAGAAAUUAUCGAAAAAAUUGGCCGCCCAUUGGAACUCGAUACCGACGGUAUAUGGUGUAUAUUACCUGCAUCUUUUCCAGAUUCUAUUGUAGUUCAUACUACUCAUGAGAAAAAAUCAAAAUUUACCAUUUCUUAUCCAAACGCCGUUCUCAAUUUCAUGGUGAAGGAUCAAUUCACUAACGAUGUAUAUCAUGAGCUCGUGGAUAAGGACAACUUAACGUACAAGAUACGGAGCGAGAACUCUAUAUUUUUCGAAGUAGACGGUCCAUAUUUAGCAAUGGUGUUACCUGCUGCCAAGGAAGAAGGAAAGAAAUUAAAGAAACGAUAUGCAGUUUUCAAUUUUGACGGUUCGCUUGCCGAACUGAAAGGAUUCGAAGUGAAAAGAAGGGGCGAAUUGCAACUGAUAAAAAUUUUUCAAGCAUCCGUGUUCGAAUCUUUCUUAAAGGGUAACACGUUAGAAGAAUGUUACGCGUCAGUCGCAAAGGAUGCUGAUUAUUGGCUUGAUUUAUUGUACAGCAAGUGCGCGAAUAUGCCUGACUCAGAGUUAUUUGAGCUCAUAUCUGAGAAUAAAUCAAUGUCGCGUAAACUGGAAGAGUACGGGGCCCAGAAAUCUACGUCGAUUUCUACCGCUAAGAGGUUAGCUGAGUUUUUGGGUGAUGAGAUGGUCAAGGACGCGGGCUUGGCUUGCAGAUAUAUCAUAGCGAAUAAGCCGCAAAGCGCACCGGUUACCGAACGUGCGAUACCGUUAGCAAUAUUUCAAUCGGAACCGGCCGUGCGAAGACAUUAUCUGAAAAAAUGGUUAAAGGAUCCCACUUUGUACAGCGACGACAUAAGGGACAUCUUGGACUGGAAUUAUUACAUUGAACGACUCGGCAAUGCUAUUCAGAAGAUAAUCACUAUACCAGCGGCAAUGCAAGGCUUAGCCAAUCCGGUCCCACGAGUGCAGUAUCCACCUUGGUUGCAUAAAAAAGUAAUUGAGAGAGGUGCGUCCCAUCGUCAGAAGAAAAUCACCGAUAUAUUUACUAAAACAAUUAAAGAAACCUCUGAUAGCAUCGAGCAGGAGUCAAAUUCCAACGAAUCUCGCGAUAUCGAGGAUCUCGCAGGACCAUCGCGUGGCUUCAAAAAACCGUCGUCGGUCGUCUCGGUCGUUAAUAAAAGGAAAAGGCGUCUAUCAGAGGAGGAGGCUGUCAAGAAUAAAAGUUGGAAAGAGGUUCUGGGUUCACCUCCUCCCAGGGGAAAGACCAAGGAAGAGAGAAUUAAGUGGUUAGAGUUCCAUAAGAAAAAAUGGGCUUUCCAAGCUAAACAGAGAUAUCAACAUCGACAGAAAAAAAGCAAAGUGUCCGACGAAAACGAUGGGGGUGUUUGGGGAGUUAUACGAAAUGCGAACACGUCCACUAUGGAUGGCUUCUUGAGACGCGCUCAACGAAAAUUGUUGGAAACUCCUUGGCAGAUUAUUCAAUUGUCGGAAACUGGCGAGCCAGGUAUGUUCCGUUUGUGGAUAUUAGUCGAAACGCAAUUGCAUCAAGUGCGUCUCGUGGUACCACGUGUGUUUUACGUGAAUACCCGUAAAACCAGAUCUGAUCCAGGAUCUAACGAACUUUGGAGGAAGAGUUUCAAGUCUUUACCGCGCUCUCGCCCGGUGUACAAUCUGUAUCGAUAUUCCUUGCCGGAAUCUCUGUUUCAAGAACACAGUCGGGAGCUUCUUGAAGACUUGAGCAAGCCGGAAAUCGAGGGCAUUUAUGAGACGCAAAUGUCAUUAGAAUUUCGAGCCAUAUUGCAAUUGGGAUGCGUAUGCAUGGUCGAUCUUCACGCUGCACGUAAGAUGGCAGACGGCGCCGACACCUUUUCCUUGGAUCAGUUAGAAUUCAAGAGCAUCGCCUUUCAACCGUAUCUCAAGCAGACAGAAUCGAUCAACUACAUAUUUCUUUAUCAUCAUUGGAGCUCCAAUCACCAAAGGGCACUGUGGAGUUUAUUUCUGAACGCUAGCAAAAGGGCUUAUGUAAUAGUUUUAGAUUCUGUCGCUUCUAAUCAGAUGCCGAACUUGAAUGCGCUGUACGCACAAGAACGUAGCGCGAUAUUGGGUCAAGAAGACGAAAGCAAAAUAAACAAACUGCCCAAGACCAUGAAUUUCGUGGUACAGAGCGAAACGAAUUUUCAACAAGUAUGUCGUGUAUUGCAAGCGGCUCUAACGAUAUACAAGAAUGAAAGUCACGGUGCCACGAUCAUCAUUAAUCAGACCGCUUUGGACAUAACAGUACUGACCACGGAAAUGCCGCUGCUUAACGAGUUUCCCCUCGUCAAUACGCACAUACAGGAUGUCGAGAAUCUGUACAGCAUGAUGGAAUGGCAAAAGAUCGGCGCGAAAAUGAUGAUCAGGCAUUAUUUGAAGAGUCAGCAGAUCCUCGAGUUGAUGAUGGAACAGUGUCGCUUCUUUCAUGCGCCCAUUGGUAACAUACCCGCUGAUCCUACCCUCUUCGGGGCGGAUUUAUUCUACGCCAGGCAUUUGCACAGGAACAAUUUUGUCUUGUGGUGUUCGCCGACGGAGAAACCGGACCUGGGCGGCAGCGAGAACGACGAUAAUAGAUUACUGACGGAUUUCGAAGAGAGCUCCAGUUGCGCUGCGAAUAACCCGGGUACGUACUCCAGCGUGUGCGUUCAGCUAGAUGUAGAGAGUUUGGCGGUCAAUGCGUUGCUGCAGUAUCAUCACAUUCAUGAUAUAGACGGAACUAGUACGUUCGUGGCCUUUCACAACCAACAACGUCCUUCCGUUCAGGACAUAGUGACCGGUGCCGAUGCCGCAACGAUUAUUCCUAGCUACGACGAAAUCACUUUAUGUAAUCCCGCGUUUAAGACGUUGCGAAGUAUGGUGAACACAUGGUUACUCGAAGUAUCCGUCUAUAAGAAUAUAUUUGCUGAUUAUCAAUUGAUUCAUUUCUAUCGGUGGCUGAGAUCUUCAAACGCUUUACUUUAUGAUCCUGCUCUACGUCGUACAUUACACACAUAUAUGAAGAAAUUAUACAUACAAUUGAUAGCAGAGUUUAAAACGUUGGGUUGUAUGGUAGUUUUUGCGAAUUUCAACAAGAUCAUUGUGUGUACGCGGAAAAGAUCGGUGGCCGAUGCUUUAGGAUACAUAGAAUUUGUUGUUCAAACCAUACGAAACAAGGAGUUAUUCCACAGUAUUGAAAUUACAUUUGAUCAGUGUUGGGAAUAUUUAAUAUGGCUUGACUUGCACAAUCACGCUGGUAUUAAAGGAAUGAUAGCGAAGGAAGGUAAUGCCAACGGUGGUACGGAGGGCAGUGAAAAUAAUACUGAAAAUAAUGAAAAUGAGGAGGAUGAUAUGCCUCAAAUAAUGAUGAACUGGAGUUUGAUGGAGUGUCUACCGACAGAGGCAGGAUGUCAAGCGAGUUUCAAUGCUAUAAUAGCAGGGUACAUAAAUGCAGUGUAUCAGUGUAUGAUCGAGAAGGAAGUCAAUAAUACCAUAAGACCGAGGAGAAGACAGAGUCAAAGUCAAUCUUUCACAAUGCUUGGUUUAGGAGCAUUGGAAAAUACAGCAGAAUUUGCAAAGAAGCUAAUUUCCGGAGAGAUGUCACAAAAAUUAUUCAAAAUAGCGCAAAAGAUACAUCGAAAUUUACCAGAGAAAAUAUUACCUUUGAAAGAAUACCCGAAUUUGGAUAUGGGUGGAAAAGAAAAUAUAAAGAUCAAUCCUGCUCUUGAAUUGAUUAAAGCAAUAUGCAAGGUUUUAUCUUUGGAUAAGGAAGUUGAAACUGAAGUUUAUAACUUAAGGUCGAAUCUCUUACGAUUGAUCGGAGUAGGCAGCCACAGCGACAAUGUCGAAUGGAAAGAACCGUGUAUCUCUCUCAUCUUAUCGGAAAUUAUAUGCAAAGCGUGUAAUCACACAAGAGAUAUUGAUCUUUGUAAAGAUCAGCAUUAUACGAUUGAAAAUAAUAGGCAUACGUGGAAAUGUCCCAUUUGUGAAACUUUUUACGACAACGCGGAAAUAGAAUUUUUAUUGAUCGACAAGUUAAAUCGCAAGAGUAUGGGUUAUGUACUGCAGGAUUUACAAUGUCGAAAGUGUAAAGGCAUCAAGCGUGAGAACAUGAGCGUGCAAUGCUCUUGCUCCGGCUUAUACGGAAAUUUAAUCCCGCAAGAUGAGAUAACGACAUUUGUAAAUAUAUGUAAAUCUAUAGCGAGCAAAUGUAAAAUGAACAUUCUAGCAGAGAUAGUAGAGAAUACGAAACUCUUUACUGAUCAGUAACUGAAUUGAAGCAUAGUAGAAAACACGAAACUCUUUACUGAUCAGUAAUUGAAUUGAAGCAGUUUUAUACUAUCGAUCAAAUAUAAGAGAAAAUCAAGGAGAUGUUGUAUUAGAGACUAAAUGUUUCGAAUUUCAUACUAGUUUCUGUUUCAGAUGCAUUUGCAUGAUAAAAAAAAAGACAGGAAUAAUUAAUACUUGUAUAUGUAUUUUUGCGAUUAAUUAUCCACUAUUUAAUAGUUUAACUAUUAGUACAUGUUCUAUGAUACAUAUUGAGAUAUUUAUUUUUUCUGAAGACCUGUAUCCACAGGUGGAUCUAAAAUACAAAGUACAUGUUAAAUCAACUAACAUAUAACUCAUGUAACAUUUAUGCAAAAAAAUAUAAAGUUCUUAUAUAAGUUCUAAUUUUAUAAUAGAUCAAAAGUAAUACUUAGUAAACACACAAGAGACAUUACAUACCUGUAAAUUGAAACUGAGGAAAUUGUGACAUAUCUGCUCCGUUAUCACUGCCAAACUGUAUGCGAAGUUUCUGUAGUUCAGAUUCCCGUUCCUUCAUGAUUUCUGGGCUAGCAUCAACCAACUUGCCACCUCUUAAAUUAGACAGAAUUCUUAUGGCGUCAAAUAAAAAAAUAAUUUCAUAUUCUCAUUAAUCGUUCUUUGGAUACAAAUAAUAUCUAUAGUUAAAUAUCUAAAUAAAUAAAUCUGACUUA